CAUUUGGAUUUGGUGUCCAGUUUCAGUUUAUAAGACUUAUUUUCAAGAUAGGCCUAUGCGUGUGGACUUUAUGAAAAGCUAGGCCUAUGCGUGUGGAGUUUGUUGAAAGAUAGGCCUAUGCUUGUGAAAAUUCAUACAUAAACUGCAGUUGGAUUCCAGUUUACAUAGAUAUCUACGGAAAGUUAUUCGACGUUUCAUGUGACCUUUGACACCUCUGAAGUCUCAUUCGUGAUUCGAUCGAAGAGAAGAAGCCAAAAAAUGCGACGGAAAUCUGCCAGACUUCUACUCGCGUUUGUUCUACUGACGAAAGGCAGCCUUACUUGGCAACAUCCUGCAGGACAAACGCAGAGAAGAGCCUCCAGGAACGUCAUAUACUUCCAAGAUGAGUAUCCUGUGGUAACUCGGGUGGCCGGUGGUGAAGACUCGGAAAUUCCAUCUGGAGUGGCAGCCAUUCAUGGUGGUUCUAGACAAUCAGAUGGGGUGCACCCUCUCCCAACACCUCCUAUAGUCAUUCCGGACAAGGUGAAUACACCCAAUAGAGAGCAGAUCUUAUGGGAUAGAAUCGCCCAGCUUCGACGGCAAAACAUUCAAGCGCAGCAGCAAAGGCGGCCUGUAUCUUUCCCUGACCCAGGAGUGAACAUCGCUGUGGAAGAUAAUAAUUUAGCUAGGCUGUUUCAGCUGUGCGGAGAAUUUCUUGAAAGGUGCGCCAAUAACGAAGGAUCAGUAGGCGCAGCUGGCCAUAGACACACGCUCUUGCACGACAGGCCCGUUCGAGACCAGGGUCCGCAUCGGCACGGCCAUUUUCACUCUAAUUUCUUUACACCUUCGGUGCGUGGGAACUUUCCCAUAUGGCCAGGAUAAUUGCUACUUCGUUUACGAAACGUGCUUCCUCGUCUUACUGAGUUAUGAAGUGAAGAAUAUGCUGAUAUUCUACAACACAGCGAGCUCCCUCAGUAUAAUGUGAUUCGUGUGGUCCUAUAACUCGUGUGCAAAUAUGUUCGCUAAGGUAUUAUUAUGAAUCAAGUCUCAAGUGAAGUUGCUCUGAUAUAGUGCUUCUAAGGUGUGACUACUUCUGCUUAAGAAACUGUUAAUUGUAGCAAUGCACUGUUUUACCUUUCUAAUUGCAGAGGUGCCUUUUGGACUACGUGAGUCUACUUCACGAAUUAUUCAUGCAGUUUUCAGCUACUAUGCUUGUGAAUAAUAAUACUUUUAUGGUGCUCUGAAUUAUUACACUCUUCGUGGUCACUACAUAUAUGGUAAUCCAUGGUCAUACAUUAAUUGCAUUAUAAGGAUUUUUUUGUGGGGGGCAGGGGGAAUAUAUAACAUUUACAAGUUGUUUUUAGUGUUUUUUCAUGACAUAUCACAUUUGUAAGCAUAAUUCCCAGAAUUCUUAAUCGAAUGCAUUGAUAUUGUACCAUAUUUUAUGUACUUCUUGUGACUACUAUCUAAAAUCAAUUCAUUUAGUGUGCAUUUGUGAAUAAGUCUUAUGUCAACUAUGCAUAAUAUCUUUUCUGUGAUUAUGUAUGUGUAGCACAAAUUAGUCAUAAGGUAUUAGAACAAUUCCCAGAACCAUUUAUAAGCAAUAUUUUUGUACAACACUGUACUGAAUUUUUCCCGUUUGAAUUUCCUGUGAUAAAUUCACUCGUUCCAGGAGAAGCCAACUACUGGUGAAUUGGUUGAUGCAAAUGAGCAAUUACAGUCUCUGAACCAAGCAAGGGUGGUGUCAUUUUUCUAUUUUCAGUUUGAUCAGGCAAACUGAAAACUUACUGUUCUUGUAGCUAGAGAGCACAGGCUACCAAGAUCAAGUUUGAGAAUAACAAUAGGUGGGUGGAGAUAUACGAUGAAUAUUAUAUCGUAGCAACUAUGCCAAAAUUUGCUCCUGACCUUGGGCUCAACUUACGCUUAUUAAUAUCCCACAAGGAUCUUACCUUGGCUAUAUUAGAUUACUGAAAACCUCACCUGUCAUUACCUUAGGCCCUAAAUAUUUCAGAAAAAUCGGGUUUCAGGAAUAGAAACGAGUCUUCCCAGUCACACGAAAAGCCAAGAACGGAAGCAAGUUGUAAUUUCGGAAAAUCAUUCUGGUUCUAACUGGAAAAUGCUGGUUUAAAAGCAUCAACCAUGACACCGCCUUGACCUAGAGAAAAUGCUCCGGUGGUGGGUUUAACGGCCCAAAUUUCAUUAAGUCAAAUUAGUGUGGCAGCUGCCACGGCAGUUUGUUGGAUUGCUUUGCGUGUUUGUAAUUGUCGUAAGUUCUUAGUAAGAACCUAGGCUUAUAACUGUUUGCUUAUUUAAACCAGUUACCUAGUAGCUAUUACGUAGCAUGUAGCCACUUCUUGCCAGCAAAGCUUUUCAGUUUUUGGUGCAACACAAUUAAUUGCAUUUUGUCAGAACCUGGAUUCGCAUAGAUUUAAUGAUAUCUGUAUUCAUCCAUUUGUUUUGUGGUAAAUGGUUUCGAAUGAACAUGUUUUCUGUUGUGUCAUAUUAUCACUUUCACCAGGAGAAUAAUCCGUGCUUAUGAUGAUAAAAUGUGCCAAUUGUUAUCUAGUCAGUUUAAGUAGAAAUUAUCAUGGCAAUACUCGUAGCCUAAUUGCAAUUAUAGUUUAGAGACAGUAUUACCAAUUGAUAUUAUUUAGGUAUUGCCGAGAUGUCAAACAUGAUGCUUCACAAUUGUGAAUUAGAGCGUUAUGGUCAGUAUUAUCAAUUAUGAAUAUGUGAAAGUCUGGCACGGUAUGAAGAAGCAGAUGAAAAAGGAAACUUUUAUAUUUAGCAAACAUGUAUCUAGAAAACGGUUAUGAUAGAAGUGACAGGUACGAUAUAGAGGGUAAUUAGGAUGCAUAAGGAGUAAUUUGUUGAGUGCCAUUGAAAGCUGUAAUGAUGAAAGCGAGUUACGUUAGAGUUUUAGAAGUGAGGAAGUAAAGCGUGAUUUAAAUUGAUCUAGUUCAUGGUAUGUCUCCAGGGAUGUUUUUUUAGUUUUAUGAAAGAGGACCCACUGAGAUAGGUUUUAGUGGGUCCUGAUGAAUGGACGUAAUAAAAAACGUAAGUUAC